AUGGAACUUCUCCUGGCCAUUUUUCUCACCGUUUUGACUGGUAUUGUGGCAAUUGCUUUCUAUUAUGAGCACCCCAAAGCAGAAAUUCCUCAUGAAAUGAGUGAGCGCCAAAAGCUUUAUGCUCUUCAUUACUGCAUGAACUUUGGGCUUGGUCUGGCAACAUUUUUGGAUAAAGUAGGUGUCAUCUCAGAGGUCCAUCUCCUCAGGGUUAUAAUGGAGACAAUACCACCAUUAAAGGAUACACGUCUUCUUAUCAAGGACUUAAGGUUUGAAAGGGUUAAAGUGAGAAUUUACCAGCUAAAAACAUCAAACAAUAGCCAAAGAAGGGGAAUCCUUUAUUUUCAUGGAGGAGUUGGCCGGCUUGGAAGUAUCCAUACCUAUGAAAAUGUGUGUCGCUACCUCUCCAGGGAGAGUGACUCAGUAGUUGUGUCUGUGCAGUACCGUUUAGCCCCUGAGCACAAAUACCCCGCUGCGUACGAAGACUGUCUGAACGCCACACAGCACUUCCUGCAGCACCUGGAGCGCUACGGCGUGGAUCCUGCCCGCGUCACUGUCUGCGGGGACAGCGCUGGGGGCAACCUGGCAGCUGCUGUGAGCCAGACCCUGGCAGGCAGGGCAGACCUCCCCAGACUCCGUGCUCAGAUCCUCAUCUACCCAGGCCUUCAGGCUCUGGACUUCAAUUUGCCAUCCUACCAACAAAACCAGGGAGUCCCUCUGCUCUUCCGGGAACGUGCUGCUUUCUUUGCUUUGCUGUACCUCAAUGGGGAUGCACUGCACAUGCAAGAGGUCUUGGAGGGCUCUCAUAUUCCUCCAGAUAUGAGGCUGAAGUAUAGGAAGUGGGUGAGUCCAGACAACAUCCCUGAGGAAUUUAAGGUCAGAGGUGUGAAGCCACUUAGGCCCACUGAUUUUAUAGCUGAAGUUUAUGAGACAGUGAAGAGAUUCUGUGAGCCCAACCUGUGCCCUCUGUUGGCUGAAGACUCUGUUGUUCACCAGCUGCCAGAAUCCUUCAUCGAGAAUCUGACCUGCGAGUACGACGUGCUGAGGGACGAUGGCUUGUUGUACAAAAAGAGGCUGGAGGACAACGGGGUUCGAGUGACCUGGUACCACCUCGAGGAUGGAUUCCACGGGAUCAUAAGUCUAUAUGAUUAUUGUGGUUUGUCAUUUCCAUCUGGGAAAAGGGGGUUGGACAGGGUUGUUAACUUCCUAAAAAGCUUAUAGUAAACAUCUUAGAUUCCAUGAGUCUGUUCAUGCCUCAACAUAGGUAAAUAUCUUUUUAGGAUAUUUAAUGUCAGGUUAUGGGUAGUGAAUCAGGGGCAGCCAUUAACAAUGAUAAACAAGGCUCAUCAGAACCUCAUUCCAGCUGUUAGUUGGAACAUGGAAUAUGCAAACCUUAUACAAGCUUGUACCGUGCUGCAAGCCCUUAUCUUUAGCUCUGUUAGUAAAGAACAGUUCUUUGAAUGGACAUCCUGGGAUGUUCCAGUUUAAAAUAAAAUAUAUCUGUGUGAAAAGAAGCUGUGUGUUAGCAGGUGUGUGUGGUGUGAGAAUAAAACCCAGCUGACGUUGUUGGGUUAUAAAAUAAUAAAUAUGAUGACAA